AUGGGCGACUUCGAACAUCGCUAUGCCGCCACAGUACGCUUUCUAGAACUGGGAGCUAUGUUCGAGGCAUUAAGCAGCAGUCCACUUGCAGACAAGUUCUCUAGAAAGCGUUCGAUUUCAGCUUGGUGCAUUGUUUUCAUGUUGGCUGUCGCGCAUGCUAUCGUUGCCGUUCUCAUUUCCCAGUAUAGACAUGCCUUCCUUUCACAUAAAAACGCCGGUAACGCCGCAACAUUCUUCAUGAACUGGAUUGUUGUGGAUUACGCGAUGCCCUAUGGGCCCGUCGGAUGGAUCAUCGCUGCCGAAUCGUCAUCACUCGAUAUCUGUGCCAAGGGUCUGCUAUUGGCUCUGCAGUGA